UUCUUUUCUCUUUUUUUUUUUUUAUCUUUCUUUUUUUUUCACAUUUUUUUUUUCCUUCUUGCGUUAUCAUGUUGACUUUAAAUAAAGUGAUUCAAAAUGCAUCUGCCCUGAAGCCUUUGCUUUUAAAGAGCCGGAAUUAUGCAGCUGCCACUCAAGCCAAUGAUGGUAUUCAACAAGGUGUCGCCUUCUCUCAUUUAUUGAAAAGAGAACCUACCGAAGCAUUUCGUUCACCUGAGCUGGCUCAUAUGAGUGCAAAUAAUAGCGAGACCAAAAAGAUGAACCUUUUUCAAGCAGUAAAUGAUGCAAUGUCUAUUGCACUUACAACAGAUGAAAAAGCAGUUGUAUUUGGUGAAGAUGUUUCGUUUGGUGGAGUAUUUAGGGCCACGUCAGGUUUAGCAGAACAAUUCGGACGUGAUCGCGUAUUCAAUACACCUUUAACAGAACAAGGUAUUGCUGGAUUUGCUGUUGGUAUGGCUUCAGUAGGUCAUACAGCCAUUGCUGAAAUUCAGUUUGCAGAUUAUAUCUUUCCCGCUUUUGAUCAGCUUGUAAACGAAGCCGCCAAAUUCCGUUAUAGAUCAGGCAAUCAAUUUAAUGUUGGUGGUUUAACUAUCCGUUCUCCUUCUUCAGCUGUUGGACAUGGUGGUCAUUAUCAUUCUCAAAGUCCUGAAGCCUUUUUCACUCACUGUCCCGGAUUAAAGAUUGUUACACCCCGAAGUCCCAUUCAAGCCAAAGGUUUACUUUUAGCUUCAAUUCGUGAUAGAAAUCCAGUUAUAUUUUUUGAGCCCAAGAUUCUUUACCGUGCUGCAGUGGAAGAGGUGCCAGUAGCAGAUUAUGAGCUUCCAUUAGGAAAAGCAGAGGUUGUUAAAAAGGGUAAAGAUGUUACAGUGAUUGGUUAUGGAUCUCAAAUGUACACACUUGAAAAUGCUAUACAGCUGGCCGAAAAAAAGAUGCCAGGUCUUAGCUGUGAACUGAUUGAUUUACGUACCAUCAUGCCCUGGGAUGUAGAAACCGUUGUUGAGUCGGUAAAAAAGACCGGUCGUUUGGUGAUUGCUCAUGAGGCUCCAAAGACCGCUGGCGUGGGUGCAGAAAUUUCUGCUACCGUCAUGGAACAUUGUUUCUUAAACUUGGAAGCUCCUAUUCAACGGGUUUGUGGUUGGGACACACCGUUUCCUUUAGUAUUCGAAAAGUUUUAUGUACCAAGCAUGAUCCGUUGCUAUGAUGCAAUCAAAACUGCUGUGAACUAUUAGACAUAUAAAUAAAUACAGAUAUCGAUUUUUUUUUAUUAGAAGGCACCAAAACUACAACUUUUUCUAUGCUCACAUACCUUCCAUUUAGAAAAUAAAAUAAAGAAUAAAAAACUCAGGGUUUUUUUUUAUAUAUAAAUAAA